UUGAUAUCAAUUUUUCUUAGGAACUGGGCCAAGAACUGGGUACCCGGCUGAGGUCUGACUCUCGAAGACGUUUUCGACUCCUUUGUGCGUUUUCUUCGUAAUACUAUACCUUCAAACAGUUUUUGGACGACGGUUAAACCGACCGAAUAGCUAACGUUAUCGAGCAAACAGGACAACUGCUGAGCUUGCCACUUGGAGAACGACAACAACAAGCGGCAAAAUGUCGGGAGAGCCAAUUGUUAUCACACUGGAAACGGCCAGCGGGGCCACGAGCUCAUUCCCGGUGGUUUUGAAGAAAAUAAUGGAGAUGCCUCCUCCGAAUAUACUGGAAGACGACGACACUGACAAAGAAAAGCUGUGCCUGGGAGAUAAUGUUGACCUCGGAGGAGGGAGUGAUAUGGGUCCUUCGGCCGCCCUGACCCCUGCUAUCUGGGACAAAACCAUUCCCUAUGAUGGUGAAAAUUUCCACCUGGAGUACAUGGAUCUUGAAGAGUUCCUCAUGGAAAAUGGCAUCCCCACUUUGCCAGAUGAAGAGUCCUCAAAGGACAGCCAGGAAGCUACCAGUAAGACUGAGAAAAUUAAAGCCACUACACAGCCUAAGGUUACCAAGACAGCAGUGUCCCUGCUGCCCAUCCUUGAACAGGAUAAGUGUGCUGAAGAAGUGGUGAUCAUCAAGGGUGACUCUGAGAUCAUCUGUGAUGUCACUGCAGAGGUGACCACUGAAAACGAGAGAGCAACACCUGAGCCCAUCAACCCUGAUGAGAUUGAGGUCGAUAUCAACUAUGACCCAGAUCCCACAGACCUGGUCCUGUCCAGUGUACCUGGAGGGGAGCUCUUUGACCCACGCAAACAUAAGUUCACUGAAGAUGAGCUGAAGCCUCAGCCCAUGAUCAAGAAGGCCAAGAAGGUGUUUGUGCCUGAAGAACAGAAGGAUGAGAAGUACUGGCAGAGAAGGAAGAAGAACAACGUGGCAGCCAAACGCUCACGUGAUGCUCGCAGGUUAAAGGAGAACCAGAUCACAGUGAGAGCAGCUUUCUUGGAGCGUGAGAACGCAGCGCUGAGAUCGGAGGUCGCUGACCUACGGAAGGAGUGCGGCCGUUACAAGAACAUCACUGGGCGCUAUGAAGCCAAAUUUGGACCACUUGACGUGCUGGAAGACCAAUAGACAGCAAUUGAUUUAUUCAUUUAUUUUUCUAUGAAUAAAUAAAUCAAACCAGUUGGUGAUGACAUGCGAAUACAUUUGAAUCGAGCAGAUGAAGAAGAGGACGAAGAGGAGGAGAGCAUGUGUGAGGGUGUAACUGAUGACAUUGCAAUAGCAUGUACACACCAGAUGUUUUUUAUUUUUGUUUUUUUAUGAUGAAUUCUUUUUACCAUCCGUUUAAAUAAGCGCAGUAUGAGAGGAUAUUCAUGUGCUUCUUCAGUACGCCUCCUUUGUGAUGUGUACUCUCAUGUUUGUAUGCCUUCAGCCUAAAGAGAUAAUUUGUCAUUUUUAGUUUUGCAAAACUGGGUUUUAUUUUUAUUAUUAAAUAGAUGGUAUUAGGUAGCAGUUGCAAUAGUUUAGACUACAUUAUAAUCUUGAUAAUGGUUUUGUAGUAAUAAAUUGGCAGGUUGCUUUAAUUCUUUUCAUAUUUGAGACAAUUCUAAAACCCACUGGUCCAUUUUUUUCAAAUUUAUGUUAAAGAUGGGCUUUUCUUUGCCUGCAAAACUUCUUGACUGUGACAUUUCCAGUAAACUAAGCUUCUUCAGGGGAUUACAGUGACAUGGCCAAAAAAAUAAAGAAUAGCAAGUAUUGCCAUGUUCACGUCUUUUCAUGUUAAAGUUCUUGUGUCAGCGGCACAGGGGUGCCCUGUUAAUGUCAUAUUUGUGCUGUUCUGUCGCCUGCUUCGCUCCCCGCAGUGCUGACUCGUCCUCUAACGUCAGUAAUGCAUUUAAAAAUGUGGUGUGUAGAAUCCUCUCAUGCAUGUACUGUAAAUAGUUGUAGCCUAAUAUUGUUCUUUCCAGACUUUAUUUUACUAGUCAGUUUCACACAAAACCUAUGAAACCAGAAAUACACAUUUUUGAACAGCUGUUAAGUUCGGGGUUGAAAAGAAGUAAUGAAUGAAUACCAAGCUUGCUUUCACUCCUUGCCUCCAUAUUAACAGAAUGUUAAAUAUGUUUAAGGCAGAUGCUUACAGGACUUGAAACAGUGCCUUAUCAAAAGGCAGCUGAAGGUGACAUUAUAGAGUCAGCAUGGAGGGUUGCUACUUAAAUCUAUCAAGCUCAUAUCUCCAUAUUAUUCACAAUAAACCAGAUUAACCACAAACUGUAUGUUUUUCAACCUUUGACAUGUGGUGAAUAUACAGAUUGUACCAUUCGAUUGUAUUACGUGUUACAAGGAUGUUUCAUAUACAUUCACUUUUCUCUUUUACAUUUGUCUGGAUGUUAUCGGCUGUUUUCUCAGAGGUUUGCAAGCCAACUCUUAUUUUCCACAUUUUUGACAAACCUGGUAGCCUCAAUAGGUGCAGACUGUAUCGGGGCAUCUCUUCUCUACAAGUAACCCCCAAAACUCUUGAAGCCAUUUCAAUGCAGUGUGCAGUCUCACAGUUUACAGGGGACUCGUUAUGUAACGUAACAUCCAAGAAUUAAAGUUGUUACUUAAACCAGGUAAAUUUUCUGUCCAAUCCUGACAUAAAGGGAAAGUUCGGUUAUUUUUCUGCUGUGCUUCCAUCCAUUAGCGAGUGACUUUUAACCAGAAUACAUUCAAUAAUAUGUAAUAAGGAAGAGUUUCUGUGUGUAGAAUGCUUUUAAAGGCGUUAAUAAGUCUAAAGACCUAACAAAUAUAGUUUUGCAGUAAAUAAGGCCUUUGUUUAACUUUUUUAGGUUAUCAAUACAAGUGCAAUCUUAAACUCAACAUCAGGAAAUUGUACAUUCUCCCCACAGAUCUUCGUGGAGGUGUUUUUACUCUCUCCAUCACCGUUUUUGCUCUACAUGCUCUAUAUCACAAAUGUAAUUUUAAACAUCAAUAUUUUGCAUAAUUCUAACGGGCUUCCUACCUGCUUUUAAUAAUUUGUGAAAUAUUUUCUGCUGUCUUACAGAUUGCAUCUGACUUUUAUCUGAAACAGGUCAAUUUGUUAACUCUUGGGGGUUAUUUCCAAACUUCCCAGUUCUGUCUUUAUAUUUCUUUGUAUAGAAACAUAUUGACAUUUUGAGUGUGGCUACUUUUGUGUCUUGUAUAUACAGUAUGUAUAAAUAAAGCUUUGUUCAGAGAGUA